GGAGUGGAACAUCAAAAGCAGUUGAUGACUCUUCUGCAUCUCUUCCUCUGGCCCAGCUUAUUAAGACUGCCAACCUGGCUGCGGCCAAUGCUUCCGAAGAGGAUAAAAUAAAGGCCAUGAUGGUGCAGUCUUGCCAGGAGUACGAUCCCAUCAAUUACAUGAAAAGACCCGUGGGUCCACCUCCAUCAUUGUUCACUUGCCUUUACUGCGGAAAACCGGCCCACUAUAGAAAGAACUGCCCGACAAGUGGGGACAAAAAUUUUGUGCCUGCUCCCAGAAUGAGAAGGAGCACAGGAAUUCCGAGGAGUUUCCUGAUUGAGCUGAAAGAUCCCAACACAAAGGGCGCGAUGCUGACAAAGACGGGAAAAUACGCAAUACCAAUUAUUAAUGCGGAAGCUUACGCCAGAGGCAAGAAGGAGAAGCCUCCCUUUGUGCCAGAGGAGCUGCCCUCCUCCUCCUCCUCCUCCGAUGCCCUUCCAGAUGAGCAGCUGUGCCUCAUCUGCAAAGACGCAAUGACUGAUGCAGCCGUUACUCCCUGCUGCGGCAGCAGUUACUGUGACGAGU